CAAUCAUUUACCUUUGAAUUCCUCGUUGUGGUGACCUGUAAGUAGAGUUACGUUGGUCCCAGCGUGCAAUGGAGGUGGAAGGGUGCCAGGGAAAAGAUGGCCGUGGGAGAGGUGAGUUUAGAAGAGGACGAGAAGGAAGGGAUGAUUAUCAUCAGCAUCGCUAUCAGGAUCAGAGGGUCUCUGGGAAACGACAUGGAGGGGCCCAAAGGAAAUCGGGGGAUCGUGAUGUUUUCAGUCAUGGAGGUGAAGGGGAAGAGUCCGGCAGAGGUGGGUAUGGUGGUCGUGAAUGGAGAAGGAGUGAGCGCCAUCCUUAUCGUCGGCAUUAUCAUCCUUAUCGUCGGCAUCAUGGCCAAGGACAUAGUGGGGCUCAAGGGUAUCUGGCGGCUGGUGAGGAAUUCAGUUACGGUGGUAGAGAUGGGUCGUCCAGUGGUCGUGGAGAGAAAUGGAGAGGAGGAGAAAGCCCGCAGCAACAACAUUAUCAUCACCAGGAUGAGAGGGUUUCAGGGCAAAGUUGGGCCCAGGAGACGCCGGUUGCAUGUCAGGGUUUCAGACAUGAUGGUGAAGAUGUGUCUGACAGAGUUGGGUACGGUGGUCGUGGAGGCGGAGAAAGAGGAAUUCGGAGGAGGUCGCCCGCUGCGUCAUACUCUCAAGCUGGCCCGGACCUGGACAGAUCUUCUCCUGCUCCAGAUCCCGUUCCAAAUCCUAUUAUUAGAGACAUGCAAACAGGGAGAAUUCCAGAACAAGUGCCUACAGUAUUGUCUUCUCCAGAGAAUAUGAGUAGAACUGUCCCAGUUAAGCGGCCUGAUAAAGGUGGCCAAUUAUGCAUUCGAACUGUUCGGCUCCAUGUCAACCAUUUUCCUGUCAGGUUCAACCCUCACAGCAUCAUUAGGCACUAUGAUAUUGAUGUCAAACCAGCUGAACCGAAGAAAAAUGGUCGGCCUGAGAAAAUAUCUAAGUCUGACCUAUCUGUGAUCCGAAACAAGCUUUUUAUGGAUAAUCCCUCUCAAUUUCCACUGUCUAUGACUGCAUAUGAUGGUGAGAAAAACAUAUUUAGUGCAGUUAAUUUACCAGAAGGAAAAUUUAUGGUGCAAUUCUCAGAGGGGGAAGAUAUGAAGCAUCGCACCUAUGAAUUUUCUAUAAAGCUUGUGAGUGAGCUCAAACUCUGCAAGUUGAGGGAUUACUUGAGUAGGAACCUCUUCUCAAUUCCCCGUGACAUAUUGCAAGGAAUGGAUGUGGUAAUCAAGGAGAAGCCAGCCAAGUGUAUGAUCCCUGUUGGCAGGAGCUUCCAUUUUGCUGAACAUCAUGCUGAUGAUGACCUUGGAUUGGGCAUCACCGUAUCUAGAGGAAUUCAAUAUAGCCUCAAGCCCACUGUCCAGGGUCUAGCAUUGUGUUUAGACUACUCUGUUUUGGCAUUUCGUAAGCGAAUGCCGGUUUUAGAUUUUCUGAUGGAGCAUAUUCGUGGCUUUGAUUUAAAUAAUUUCAAUAUGUUUAGGAGAGACGUUGAGCAGGCUUUGAAGAACUUGAAAGUUACAGUGACUCAUCGUAUAACAAAACAAAAAUAUACUAUUGUUGGGCUGACUAGGGAGAAGACUCGAGAUCUUUGCUUUCCUCUUGUAGACACUGAUGAGGGGAAUGCAGCACCAAGGCCUGUUUUCCUAGUUGAUUAUUUCCGGGAAAAACAUGGAAGGAAUAUCUUGUAUCUGGAUAUUCCUUGCCUAAAUGUGAGUAGGAGCAAGCGGGUGAACUACUUACCAAUGGAGUUCUGUGUCUUAGCUGAGGGGCAGAUAUAUCCAAAAGAGGUUUUGGAAAGCUUGGACGAAGGUAGAGCUGGAUUUUUGAAGCGAAUUUCACUAGUAAGACCGAAGGAAAGGGCGAGGAGGAUACAUGACAUGGUACGGUCCAGUGAUGGACCUUGCAGUGGAGAGAUAAUCCAAAAUUUUGGAAUUGAAAUUGACAAGAACAUGACAUCAGUGUUCGGACGUGUUAUUGGGCCUCCUAUGUUGAAGCUUGCUACCACCACUGGCAAGGAGAUCAAUGUAUCAGUUGACAAAGAAAAGUGCCACUGGAACUUGGUUGGUAAAGCAGUGGUGGAAGGCAGAGCAGUUGAGCGCUGGGCUGUGCUUGAUUUCACCGAAAAUGAUCGAUUUCAAUGGAAUCGUGGUCAAUUCGUUCGAAAAUUGAUUGCUAAAUGCAGGAGUCUGGGGAUGAAAAUGGGGGAGCAUCUUUUUUAUCAUUGCACAGUGAUGAAAAAACUUUCUAACAUUGAUGUGCUUCGUGAAUUGCUCGAAGGUCUUAGUAAUCAAGCUUAUAAGACGAAAGGCCAUUUACAAAUUCUAAUUUGUGUAAUGACAAGGAAAGAUGAGGGCUACAAGUAUCUCAAGUGGAUCUCUGAAACUAGACUCGGUUUGGUAACUCAAUGUUGUUUAUCCAACAAUAUUGCGAAAAAAGGUGACCAGUAUCUUUCUAAUCUUGCUUUGAAGAUCAAUGCUAAGCUUGGGGGCAGCAAUGUGGAGUUGAUUGACCGGCUUCCUUACUUCCGAGGUGAUAGCUCUGUUAUGUUUGUGGGAGCUGAUGUUAAUCAUCCUGGUUCACGCAAUAAAACUAGCCCUUCAAUCGCAGCUGUGGUAGCCACUGUGAAUUGGCCUGCAGCGAAUCGCUAUGCGGCUCGGGUUCGUCCCCAGGAACAUCGUAAGGAGAAGAUACUACAUUUUGGGGAAAUGUGUUUAGAUCUUGUUAGAUACUAUGCUUUCAGAAAUAAGGUCAAACCCGAAAAAAUUGUGAUAUUCCGCGAUGGCGUGAGUGAAGGUCAGUUUGAUAUGGUCCUCAAUGAAGAGCUAGUAGAUCUCAAGAAGGCAUUCCUGGCAGUGAAUUACAAUCCGACUAUCACUCUCAUUGUCGCUCAAAAGCGGCAUCAAACUCGUUUGUUUCCAGAGAACGAGAGGGAUGGGAACGUGCCUCCUGGCACCGUUGUGGAUACUACAAUUGUGCAUCCUUUUGAGUUUGACUUCUAUCUUUGCAGUCACUAUGGAAACUUGGGCACCAGCAAACCCACACAUUAUUACGUGUUGUGGGAUGAGCAUGGGAUUUCAUCCGAUGAACUGCAGCAGCUCAUUUACAACCUGUGCUUCACAUUUUCGCGGUGCACAAAACCAGUAUCAUUGGUCCCACCAGUGUACUAUGCUGAUCUUGUUGCAUAUAGGGGUCAGAUGUACCAUGAAGCAGUGAUUGAAGGACAGUCUUCAGUUUCAACAUCUUUUGAUGAGAGGUUCUUCAAGCUGCACACCGAUUUGGAGAACGCAAUGUUUUUUGUCUGAACAAAGCAAGAUGCCAACUCCCUCCAUGAACAAUUGGGAUGGAGAUGGCUCCUCUCUUUUGUUGAAUUGCCCAAAUCACGGGUUUACUCCUUUAACUAAACGUAAAGGGGUUUGUGCGCGAAUCUAAUGGGUAGUACACACCAUGGGACUUUAGGGAAUGGUAUUUUGCUUUGGACUUAUGCAUCAGACUUGAAUUAUGAUAAUAUAGUGGGACUCAAUUU